CACGAAGGUGAGGUGUUUGAAACUGUUAAAGGUUUCCAUGUCUUUUUUGGACUGUUCCUGCAUUUCACACACUGCGGUAGAGAGCAUCAGCGUUGAGGACCGCUAUGAAACUCAUCAUUUCCUGGCCCAUGAGUCACCAUCAUGUUCCCUACCAAGGACAGUGGCCAGUGAGGAAAUGACAGUGUUUUCUAGUGAUGCCAACCAUUACGAACUGCUUUCAGAGCUGGGGAGGGGGUUCAACAACCUCAGGAUGGUGUGUAUGGCCAGGCACAAGCCCACAGGGAAACUGCUGGCGCUCAAGCAGACAAACCUGGACAGGUGUACUGAGGAAGAGCUGAGGUUGUUGUUGAUUUGUCUGGAGGGAGGGUACCCCUUUCACCCUGCCCUGAAGUGCUACACCCACCCUGGAUCUCUAGAUAAUCUUUUGCAGACCUAUUUCACAGAUGGAAUGAGUGAAUCUCUCAUCGCCUAUUUACUGCACGGAGUUUUGAAGGCACUAGACUACCUGCAUCAAAUGGGUUAUAUUCACAGGAGUGUAAAAGCCAGCCACAUCUUGCUGUCUGCUGACGGGCGAGUGUAUCUGUCUGGCCUUCACAGUCUCUACAGCAUGAUGAGAGACGGGAAGAGGUCAAAGUUCGUGUACGAAUUUCCACAGCACAGCUCUUCACUACUGCCAUGGCUGAGUCCAGAGCUCCUCAGACAGGAUCUGCAUGGGUAUGAUGUGAAGUCUGAUAUUUAUAGCCUGGGGAUCACUGCCUGUGAGCUGGCCAGUGGGAGAGUUCCCUUCCAGGAUAUGCACCCAACUUUGAUGCUGCUGCAGAAGCUCAAGGGAUGGCACUGCUGUCUGCUGGAUGUCGCGCCCUUCCCCCUGCAGGGGCUGGGGUUGAAGGCGUCCCGUUCCGGGGUGGACUCGGGAAUCGGGGAGAGUGUGGCCACCUCCAGCAUCAUGAGGACGAUGACCAGCGAGCGUCCACAGAGUCCUGCUCCGAAGAACCACUCUGCUCUCCUGCACCACCUGGUGGAGCUGUGUCUGCACCAACAGCCAGAGAAACGCCCUUCAGCAAGUACCCUGUUGACACACGCCUUCUUUAAACAGGUAAAAAGGCACACAAACGACUCCUUUCUCAGCCUCAUGUACCCUGCUCUACCACUAACAAGUACACAGGAGAUGUCCAGGACAUCACAGACUGCAUUCCAGUGCCAUUCCAUGGCCUCUCGGAACGGACAGGAUGGUGUGUGGGAUUUCUCAUAGGAAGCAUCACAAGAGGAGCUGAGAAAAACAACCCAAAGAUGUGCCAAACACCGACAGCACUGAGUUGUAUCAAAAGGUUUCCUGAACUUUUUUUUUCAGUUGCUGUUAUUAAUAUUUUCCCAGUGCCACAGGUUCGGCGAUACAAACCAUAUCCAAAUGCAUUUUCUACCCGUUGUAUAAAGAGCAGGUCUUUCUCAUAUUGUUCUCCUAUUUCUCAACUUUUGAAAAGCUUAGAAAGUAAUAACGUUAUUCAGUCUGUUUUCCACAGAACAAGCUUUUUUUUUUGUAAAUUGCCUAUGUGAAUGCAAAAUGAUAUCAUAGAGACCAAACAAUGGAAAACCCAUUUAACGCAAAAUCAGAGGAAUUAAGACUUGACUCAACUAAAGAAAGAAGAAUACAAAUGAUUCAGAAAACUUCCUAUACCAGAACAGGCCCCUGCCUUCAGGCGGAGCUCGUUACAGGCCCAUCUAUACAUAACCUUUUCUCACCCCCCAUGUACUGCACAUUGUUUCUAAUCUAUAACUUACAACACACUCUUCAUAGGCUCCAUACAUACCGUAAUUCACUCACAGUUUUUUCAUUUCAAACACAAACGUCCCAUACACCCUACGCUGUGAGAGAUUCGGGAAUGGACAGGCUGCCCGUGCUUAUUUUAGGGUACAGAAGUGGAUUUCCUUACUAUGCUUAUGGCACUCUGAUCCUACAGCUGCAAGUUCGUCACUCUGUUGAGUGACCUUUGCAGCCAAAUCAUCUAGCUUCAGUCAUUCACCUUGCCUUCUCUACAACAACCACAGCUCCCAGUCUCACCCUUGCCAGUUCCUUUCUUUGUCCCUGAGGAGGAGUCCCACUAGACACUAAUCUCUGCCAGAGAGCCAGGAACUGAACAGGUACAUUCUGCCAAUCUACCUGGACAGAUCUGGGGAGCUUGCAGCCACAUUUCCUGCUCCCUGGUCUUCAGCCACAAUUUUUCCAUCUUCCCAAGCAUUAUGAGGCUGGAGACCAGUCGCUGUCCAGAUGCAAGCCCUUUUCUGUCUGAACACCUCUGGGCUUCUAGAUAGUCAUGUUGUUCUUUUCUGGGCGAGAAUGUCUGUGACUGACAGCCCCUCAGCUAUCCAGGCCACGCCUCCAAAUCUUCUAUGACCAACAGCCCCUCAGCUAUCCAGGCCACGCCUCCAAAUCUUCUAUAACCGACAGAUCCUCAGCUAUCCAGGCCACGCCUCUAAAUCAUCUGUGACUGAAAGCCAAUCAGCUAUCCUGGAACACACCACUGAAUCAUCCGUGACCGACAGCCCUUCAGCUACCUCAGCUAUGGUCCCAGUUCACUGCAUGUAGGAACAACUUGUUUGCCUGUGGCUGGAAGGUUGCAGGUUCAAAUCCUGCAGCCAGCAGAGGAAUCCUACUCCUUUGGACCCCUGAGCAAG